AUGGCGACGAAGCUGAUUUCUCCGCCGUUGUCUUGUCCAUGGGUGACUUCAAGGGACGUAGUAAUCAAAGGGCUUCUUCCACGGAGGAGACGGGAAUGUCUAACGAAGAGGAACAACAGAGUCUCCGCCAUGAUUGUGGAGCCUCUUUCGGCUGUUUCUUCAUCGGCGAUUCAGAUUCAUCAAUGGUGGGAGCAAAACCCUACUUCAUUACUGUUAAUGGCUGAGACUGGUGGUGGUUAUUCUUUGGCUAGCUACUACACGUCUUUGGGUUUGUUCGUUAUUUCAGUUCCAGGUCUUUGGUCUCUCAUCAAACGCUCUGUUAAAUCAAAGAUAGUGAGAAAGACGUUCGUUGUUAGCGAAGGAGAAGGAAUCAAGAAGGAGCCAAAGCAAGUUGCUGGAGAGAUUCUCUCCUUCUUCACAAGGAAGAAUUUCAACAUCACUGAUCGAGGAGAAACAAUCACGUUUGAAGGAAAGAUGGUUCCAAGUAGAGGGCAAGCUGCAUUACUCACAUUCUGUACAUGUAUAAGCUUAGCAAGUGUGGGACUUGUCCUAACAAUUACAGUGCCUGAUGUUGGAAACAAUUGGUUCUUCAUUACCAUUCUCAGUCCACUCGCAGGAGCGUAUUACUGGAAAAAGGCGUCGAGGAAAGAGGAGAUAAAGGUGAAGAUGAUGGUUGGAGAAAAAGGGAGUUUGAGUGAGAUUGUGGUUCAGGGAGAUGAUGUACAAGUUGAAGAAAUGAGGAAGGAGCUUCAGCUUAGUGAGAAAGGCAUGGUUUAUGUCAAAGGUCUCUUUGAGAGAUCGUGA